UAAACGUACUUGUGAUUGGAUAGAGGCGACAGCUGAUCUUUCGUAGCCAAUGGGGAGAGCGGUUGUUUCCGGGUGUCAAGAUGGCAGCGCGCUGCUCGGUGUUGGGGGAAGAGGAAUAGAGAUGGAGUAAGUCUGUCGGAAGAGCUCGGCCUUGGACGGGGAGAACGGCGAUCGUGGUGGUCUGGUCCUUAGUCAGGUUGCCGUCCUGUAUCCGAGGCCGCUGUAGCUCCCGCGCUGGGGACGAAGGGUUAUGAGGUGAUGGGAAGAUGGCGAGCGACGGGGGCAGGAAGCAGUUCUGGAAGCGAAACGUUUCCCGGGUACCGGGCAGUAUUCAACAUGUGUAUGGAGCUCAGCAUCCCCCUUUUGAUCCAUUGUUGCAUGGAACCCUGAAUCCUGGAACCAAGCCACCAACAACUCCAGUGAAACUGAAGAAAGUCAGCACGUUUCAAGAAUUUGAAAGUAACACAAGUGAUGCUUGGGAUGUCGGGGAUGACGAUGAUGAACUGUUAGCGAUGGCUGCGGAAAGCCUUAACACCGAUGUAGUCAUGGAAACGGCUAACAGAGUGAUUCGGAAUCACAGCAAAUUACAAGAACAGCACAAACUGCAGGAGGGACAGGUGGAGAAAGACCAACUGCAGCAGCUUUCAGACGGGCCCUCAGCUGCAUGUGGUGACAACAGGCUGGUUAAAUCUGUCAGUGAAAGCAACGCAUCAAGUUCAGCAGAUAGUGCUAGUGAAAAUGCUUCCAUGCCAAGAUCUCAGUCCCUUCCACAGGCCUCAACAGUUGGACUAGUGGGUGGAGUGACAGACCACAGUACCUCAGGGGUUCCUGUGCUAUCUGAAAGAGAGGCAUCACGAUUAGAUAAAUUCAGGCAACUUCUUGCUGGCCCAAACACAAACCUUGAAGAACUGCGGAAGUUGAGUUGGUCGGGAAUUCCAAAACCAGUUCGUCCAAUCACUUGGAAGCUCCUUUCUGGUUACCUGCCUGCAAAUGUGGAUCGGAGAGAAGGCACUCUACAAAGAAAACGGAAAGAGUAUUUUGCAUUUGUUGAACAAUAUUAUGAUUCAAGAAAUGAAGAAACUCACCAGGAUACAUACAGACAGAUUCAUAUAGAUAUUCCUCGUAUGAGUCCAGAAGCUUUAAUUCUUCAGCUCAAAGUAACGGAGAUAUUUGAAAGAAUUUUGUUUAUCUGGGCAAUUCGUCAUCCAGCCAGUGGAUAUGUUCAGGGCAUUAAUGAUCUUGUUACUCCUUUUUUGGUUGUCUUCACUUGUGAAUAUACAGAAGAAGAAGUGGAAAAUUUUGAUGUUUCCAGUCUGCCUACCGAAGUAUUGCAGAACAUUGAAGCUGACAGUUUCUGGUGCAUGAGCAAACUGCUUGAUGGCAUUCAGGAUAACUACACCUUUGCUCAGCCAGGUAUUCAGAAGAAAGUGAAAAUGUUGGAAGAACUCGUUAGCCGGAUCGAUGAGCAAGUCCACAAACACCUAGAACAACAUGAUGUGAAAUACCUUCAGUUUGCUUUCCGUUGGAUGAAUAAUUUGUUGAUGAGAGAAGUUCCUCUGCGGUGCACUAUAAGGCUUUGGGACACAUACCAGUCUGAACCAGAGGGUUUUUCUCACUUCCACUUGUACGUCUGUGCUGCCUUUCUUGUCAGAUGGAAGAAGGAGAUCCUAGAGGAAAAAGACUUCCAACUCCUCACACUGCAUCCCACACCAUUGCCAAGAGUCCUUUUAAGAAUGGCUUUAAGAAGAACUUGGGGCUGCAGUGAGGACUAUGGAACAGAGAAAAUGACUUGCACUAACUCUUGCAAUAAUGCCACUCUGGAUGUAACUCAUUAUUUUCAAGGAAUUGUUAAUCUUUUUACAGAAUUUGCCCACAGUGCAGUGGGGAAAUGAAGAAAUCGGUGUUCUCCUUGCAGAAGCCUACAGACUGAAGUUUGCAUUUGCAGAUGCCCCCAAUCACUACAAGAGAUGAAAGAACCAGAAACAUUAUGCAGAUGAUGUGCUUGUUGGUGCAUAAUAUCUUUUUUUUAAAAUUCUUGUUGUGCUAACAUACCCACCUGUGUAUUUAAAUAGCUCCCUUAUCAACAUCAGGGGUUGAUGAUGAUGAAAUAGCUCCCUUAUAGUUCAUUGAGAUGCUGUGAGACUAGUGGAUUACCAAAGAAAUGGAUAAAGCAAACUAUUGAGAAGACCAUGUUGACUUAAAAGUGAAGAUUCUUACUCAGUGCCCACAGAACAAAUGCAAGUUCAAUUUCAUUUUCAUCGUGCUCCCUUUUUCCUUUGGUAAUUGAGUUAGUAUAUGAAUGAAGAAAGUGUCUUAUGUUCAUUGGUAUCUAAUGACUGACCGUUUUUCUCCAUGAGCCUUGUUCCUAGUCGAUUAUGUUCAUUAUUUUGAUGGAAGUGUUGCUGGUCUCUGAUGUGCUUGUCAGCUAAUAGGAAUAAUCAGUCUUGCAUUGAAAAUGAGGACAGAGGCAUCAGGCAGUAAGGUCAUGUAGGGGGUGUGUGGAUUCAUUUUAGUUUGAAACACGAAAUGUUUGUUUACACAGUGAACUCCCAAACACACAUUUUAAUGGAAUGCACCAUCUAGGCAUUUACUAGAAUGCUGUAUUGUACAUGUUCACAAGGGAUCUUCAGUUGUGAUACGCUGUGGUUUGCAGAUAGUGUUUAAUAAAUUAUUUCACUUCAGAGUUUCUGAAACAUAGACUAAAAUAUAAAAUUAAUUUUUUUUUCCUGCCAUAAUAAUUUAUGUGAAUUAUUAUGCCAUAAUGUAAAUGCUUUAAAACUAUUAAGUUUGUCAGGAUUUUUUUAUCUGCAAGGAUUAUUUUUCCUACUCAGUCUUAGUUUACACUAAAUAAGUUAUUUUUAAAUUUUAUUGUUGCCUUACUUUGAAUUUCUGCUAAGGUAGGAAAGCUUGAGAGAAGAAUAGUCUCUACAUCUUUUACUUAACCUCAGCUCCCACUAGACAUAAGCAGAGUGUGGAAGAGAAGCCUAGAAGGAGCCAGUUCCCAAGUACACUGGGAUGUCCAGUCCACUCACUUUAAGUGGCCAACAACCAAGAUGAUAUCUUACCAUCUGGAAUAAAGAGCUUGGAUUUUGUGCUACUUGGGGUAGGGAUUGGAAGGUUGGGCUGGUGAAGACUCCCCAAUUCCAGUCUGCUCUCCUCCACACCAAUCAGGUUGACUGAUUGCUUAACUCCCCAGCCACUCGAGAUAAAGGAAGUGUGCCAGUUUCUAUCGCAUUAACUCAUCAGAGGAAUUCAGCUGCAUAAAAUAGAUGUGCACUAAGGGUUUCGUGCAGAAUUAUCUGAGAAGCAAAGCUUCUUUCAGGAUUAUUAACAGAAUAUAAUUGUUUUUGUGUGUACUUGUAAGUUGUUUACAGUACUUUAUAGAAAGCUCUAGCAAAUAUUAAACCAUUAAUCUACUGUAAGAGUUAGUUUGUAGAAUUAGCAAAUCAAGUGGAGUAAGCUUCCCUGUAUUACUUUCAGUUGAUCAAAUAUUUGAAUGCUCAGCUACAUCAGAGGUCCUUAUGCAUAGAAAUCUAGCAUUCCAGGGAGAAGCUAGGCUGAAGCUUGAUAUGCUAGAUUUCUGUGGAGGAGCAUUCAGUCAUGGAGUCAUCCAAUUACUGCCUGAAGUGGAAGGAUAGAGAUUUAGUCCAGGAAGAGCUUUUUACCACUAAAUUCAGAUUGCAUAAACCUGACCCUAAAUUAGUGUACUAUUUCUUUGCAGGAAUUCUUCAAGGGUGCCUUUAGGUUUUUUGUUAUGCCUUUCAACUUAGUUAUACUUGUUACCUUGCUGCCUGCUGUAUGUUUGGUUGCCUGAACACAUCAGAACUACAGGCAGCAGAGGUGCUUAUCUGCUCCCUAUUUGGAAGGUUGACCCAAACAAGUGAUUGAUGCAUGCUUUUUGGUGUAGGCUGUACAAAUUCCUCAAGGUACUGUAUAGUCAUAAUCCCUAGCAGACUAUUUAUACUUGUCUAUCCAUGAAUUUGGAUUGUUUAGGAGCAUUGACUGUGAGACAAAGUCCAAUCCAAGUCCACAUUUUCUAGUACUUGGUGGCUUAUUAGCUUUAUUAAGGUAAAAUAAGGUUAUUCUCAUAAUUUUGUAACAAGCAGGUUUGGCCUCUUUCAUAGGGGUAACAUUAUUGAGGGUUUCUAAGACAAUAAAGGUGAUCUCAUGAAGCUGUACUAUCUAGGAGGUCUUAAUAUACCAGGUAACUAACUAAUCAGUGAGAGAAUCUCUCCUGCCACUAUUCUUAUCUUCUAUUCACUGUGCUUGGGGAACCCCAAGCCAGUUCUGCUUCUGUGGACAUUGUCAUCAUUUCUCUCAAGCUUCCAUAGGUGGUUGUGUACUAAUGAUGUAAUAGAAAUGGGAUUAGAGUCUGUGGCCUGAUUUAUCAUGUCUACAGAUUGUAGGCUAUGUGUCUUUCUCAAACAUCAGAAUACUUUUUAAAGUUUUUAUUUUAAGUUCAACAUUGAUUUCUCUGAUGGUUCAAGUGUUAUAUUGAUUUCCCUGAUCAGUGUUGUGCCUAACAAAGCAUCUUCCAAUAAUGGAACUUACAAAGCUAACACACAAAAUUCCCUAAUGGGGAUGACAAUUUUAGUAAGAGAAAAAUAAGUUGCUGUAUACAUUGAUGUGGGACUUCAAGUUUUAAAAAAUUACCAUAUUUACAUAGGAUUUUGAACUAUGAAAAACUUUCUAGAGGAGUUUGUAUCUUAGAUACUAUUAGACAACAAAAUUUGCACAUUUAAACAAAUCUUCCUCUGUAAGGUCCAUUUGAGUUGAGUUAUCACGUCUUCCAAGCUCAGUUAGGAUCUGUAUUGCUUCCCAUUUAAAAAUUAAGUGCUGUCAUGCUGCAAAAAGGAUCUGCAUGGGAGCGGGGGGGAGAAUUCAGCACAUCGGUAAAUGAGGGUGCAAACUUUCCUAAAUGCAUAACUUGCAUUCUUGUUUUAUAUAAAUGGGAUAUUUUACAGACGGUUAAUAUUAUUUAAUGCACAUGUUUCCUUAUAUACAUAUUGUGUAUUCCCUAUAUACCUUUUUAAAAAUUUUGUAUCUCAGGUAAAGUGCCAUCCCAACCAAAUGUUACAUAAAACUAUUUCUGCCAAUUUAUGCCACUUUAUUACAACUAGGAAAUCAAAAUAAGUUGGUAUCAAAUACAAUAUUCUUAUGAGUUAAUAUUUUUCAGCAUAGGAAAACUAUCGGGACACUUCAUUAAUUCAGCCUUAUUUCUAAUUUCAUAGAGUUCUUAGGGAGGUCCUGAAGGCACAGUUUGUCUUAAAUGCAAUAUUAACUAAUAUGUGUAACAAAAGAAAUGUACAGUGCAGAUAACCGAUUUAUAUCUAUGACAUAUAUUUAGAAAUGUAAAUAGUGUGCAGUGUAAUCAAAUAUGUAUAUAUAAUACAAGAAAGAAUAUAACUCUAGCUUGCAAUCAUCUGUCCAUCUCAAAUACAUUAUAACAAACUGGUUGCACUAGUCUUUAAUUUCAUAUGGAAAAGCCCCAUAGAUUUGUAUUUAACUUGAGAUCUAAACAAUAAAAUGUAAUUACCCAA